AACUAUAAAACAAAAAACAUCCCCCACCCCACCAAUUUGAAGACCGCCCACUUCAGAUAUUGAGCUACAGACCCUUAAAGAUUUGAAAAGAGAGACGGAGUCAGACAGUUUGACAGUCACUCACUGAGCUUUGCAUCGCGUGCGCACAGACACAACUUCUCCGCUGCGCGUCAGGACUGCAGUCGUUCGCGCCACUCUGCCAUCGGUUCCCAUGUUUAGGAUGCUACAAACACCACAGCUCCGUCAAGGCGUGAUUGCGCUUUUCAUGUGGUUCACUCACUUUAUGGAGGACUACAAAGUCCAGGCGGGUAACUGCUGGUUGCAGCAGGGAAAGAACGGCCGGUGCCAGGUGCUCUACAUGUCCGGGAUGACCCGGGAGGACUGCUGCCGGAGUGGCCGUCUGGGCACCGCAUGGACCGAGGAAGAUGUGCCCAACAGCACGCUGUUCCGAUGGAUGAUCUUCAAUGGAGGCGCGCCUAAUUGCAUACCUUGUAAAGAAACAUGCGACAGCGUUGACUGCGGUCCUGGGAAGAGAUGCAAGAUGAACAAGAGGAACAAGCCCAGGUGUGUGUGUGCUCCGGACUGCUCCAACGUCACAAGGAGGGGGUCCAUCUGUGGGUCGGAUGGAAAAUCCUACAAGGAUGAGUGUACAUUGCUCAGGGCCCGCUGCAGGAACCAUCCUGACCUGGAGGUCCAGUACCACGGACGCUGCCGCAAGACGUGUCAUGGAGUUCGCUGCCCUGGCUCUGCGUCGUGUGUCGUGGACCAGACCAACAAUGCCUACUGUGUGACCUGUAAUCACCAGUGUCCAGAGGUGAAGUCACCUGACCAGUACCUGUGUGGCAACGAUGGCAUUGUUUAUGCCAGCGCCUGUCAUCUGAGGAGAGCCACGUGCAUCCUGGGAAGGUCCAUCGGCGUGGCAUACGAAGGGAAAUGCAUUGACGCCCGGUCGUGUGGCGACAUCGUGUGUCGGGGAGCGAAAAGGUGUCUGUGGGAUGAAGCGAGUGGCCGCGGACGCUGCUCUGUGUGUGACGAGCCAUGUCCGGAGAGUCGCCCGGGUGAGAGUGUGUGCUCCAGCGACAACAACACCUACCCCAGCGAGUGUUCCAUGAGGCAGGCCGCAUGCGCUCAGCAGCGUCACCUGGAGGUCAAACACUCAGGAUCCUGCAACUGUUUAAACCAGGUUUAAACCAUCACCCCACUGCCCAGCCCAGCCACCCCUCUCAGCCUCCAGCCUCCCUCAUAACCACAAUCACUUUUCUUUAUGUCCCAUACUCUGGUCCAUGGAAGAAGAGAAGCAGACUGUCAGUGAAUCAAGUCAAGGAAAAUAAGCUUAAUGUUGCAGUGGGAUUCUGUGCUGCUGUUAGGGUCAAUGGGGCGGUGGUUAGAGCGUUGGAAUAGUAGUUAGUUAGAGCGUUAGUAGUGGUUAGAGCGUUGGACUAGUAACUGAAAGGUUGCAAGAUCGAAUCCCCGAGCUGACAAGGUAAAAAUCUGUCGUUCUGCCCCUGAACAAGGCAGUUAACCCACUGUUCCUAGGCCGUCAUUGAAAAUAAGAAUUUGUUCUUAACUGACUUGCCUAGUAACAUAAAAUAAAAAAUAAAAUGAUGCUUAAUGUUGCAGUGAGAUUCUGUGCUGUUGUUAGGGUCAAUGAUGCUUAAUGUUGCAGUGACAUUCUGUGCUGUUGUUAGGGUCAAUGAUGCUUAAUGUUGCAGUGAGAUUCUGUGCUGUUGUUAGGGUCAAUGAUGCUUAAUGUUGCAGUGAGAUUUCUUGCUGUUGUUAGGGUCAAUGAUGCUUAAUGUUGCAGUGAGAUUUCAUGCUGUUGUUAGGGUCAAUGAUGCUUAAUGUUGCAGUGAGAUUCUGUGCUGUUGUUAGGGUCAAUGAUGCUUAAUGUUGCAGUGAGAUUUCAUGCUGUUGUUAGGGUCAAUGAUGCUUAAUGUUGCAGUGAGAUUCUGUGCUGUUGUUAGGGUCAAUGAUGCUUAAUGUUUCAGUGAGAUUCUGUGCUGUUGUUAGGGUCAAUGAUGCUUAAUGUUGCAGUGAGAUUCUGUGCUGUUGUUAGGGUCAAUGAUGCUUAAUGUUGCAGUGAGAUUCUGUGCUGUUGUUAGGGUCAAUGAUGCUUAAUGUUGCAGUGAGAUUCUGUGCUGUUGUUAGGGUCAAUGAUGCUUAAUGUUGCAGUGAGAUUCUGUGCUGUUGUUAGGGUCAAUGAUGCUUAAUGUUGCAGUGAGAUUCUGUGCUGUUGUUAGGGUCAAUGAUGCUUAAUGUUGCAGUGAGAUUCUGUGCUGUUGUUAGGGUCAAUGGCGCUUAAUGUUGCAGUGAGAUUCUGUGCUGUUGUUAGGGUCAAUGACGCUUAAUGUUGCAGUGAGAUUCUGUGCUGUUGUUAGGGUCAAUGAUGCUUAAUGUUGCAGUGAGAUUCUGUGCUGUUGUUAGGGUCAAUGAUGCUUAAUGUUGCAGUGAGAUUCUGUGCUGUUGUUAGGGUCAAUGAUGCUUAAUGUUGCAGUGAGAUUCUGUGCUGUUAGGGUCAAUGGCGCUUAAUGUUGCAGUGAGAUUCUGUGCUGUUGUUAGGGUCAAUGGCGCUUAAUGUUGCAGUGAGAUUCUGUGCUGUUGUUAGGGUCAAUGAUGCUUAAUGUUGCAGUGAGAUUCUGUGCUGUUGUUAGGGUCAAUGAUGCUUAAUGUUGCAGUGAGAUUCUGUGCUGUUGUUAGGGUCAAUGACGCUUAAUGUUGCAGUGAGAUUCUGUGCUGUUGUUAGGGUCAAUGACGCUUAAUGUUGCAGUGAGAUUCUGUGCUGUUGUUAGGGUCAAUGGCGCUUAAUGUUGCAGUGAGAUUCUGUGCUGUUGUUAGGGUCAAUGAUGCUUAAUGUUGCAGUGAGAUUUCAUGCAGUUGUUAGGGUCAAAGAUGCAACUGCUAGUAGACAAUUUGUUCUUCCAUAUAUCCGUCAUCAGACAGGGAAGCUUGAGGAAGAGGGGAAGGAAGAAGAGGAGAAAGAAGAGCAGGAAUACUAUGAUUUUCUUAAUCAAUAUGUUCUCGAACACAGCCCGGAUGAUAAAAACUCAUAAUAGCUGAAUAGUGUUUCAGUUCAGCCACAGAAUACUGUUCAUAUUGUAUAUAAAGUGUAUGCUUAUUUAUUGUCCAUGGAAGAGAAGAGAAAUAAGCCAGGGUUCCCCAAACUCGGUCCUCGGGACCCCAAGGGGUGCAUGUUUUGGUUUUUGCCCUAGCACUACACAGCUGAUUCAAAUAAUCAACUAAUCAUCAAGCUUUGAUCAUUUGAAUUCACUGUGUAGUGUUAGGGCAAAAACCAAAACAUGCAGCCCUUUGGGUCCUCAGGACCGAGUUUGGGGAACCCUGGCUGAACUAAGCAAUCGUAUAUUUGAAAUCUUGUAGGUGUUUUUACUUGUAUGUAUUUAUAUAUUUUGUUUAUUAUUUAUACAUUAACAGUGUCCGUCUGUCUUACUGUAUACCUAAUGUCUCUUGCAUUUUAUCCAAAGAGAAAAUGUAUUAUUUAUUUGAGGUGCAAUACUACCCACAUUGAUGUUCUUGUUCUGUAAACUCCUGCAAUGCAUUCUCUAUCUGAGCUGUACACAUCUGCUUAUUGUGGGCAAGAUUUGGAUUUACCCCGUCUUCCUACAUUGUGAAAUGUUGUCUAGCGUGUUUAGUGUGUUCCAGUUUAUUUUAUGGAGAACUUGUUGCUCACCGAUGUAUAUACCCUAGUGAGAGAAAGACUGGUUUUGUUGACUCAAAGCUGACCUAAAUGGCUUUGUCUAGUUUUUUGUUGAACAAAAGUUAGCCGUCCUAGUCCCACUACAGUGCAUAGCGAUACUUUUAACGAGUCAUUAUGGUCUCUCUCCCGUCAGAAAAUGACUAGCUUUGUUUAUUAAGGGGAGCAGGAUGGAUGCCACUAAAACAA